AUGAUUCCGUCGACAAAACUCGCGAACGUGGAAGACGACGUGGCGGCGGACGCCGUGUCCAAGGUGCUCGGCGACGACGACCUCCUCGCCGAGAUCCUCCUCCGCGUCGGGUUCCCCACCACACUCGUCCGCGCCGCCGCCGCCUGCAAGCGAUGGCUCCACCACGCCUCCGACAAGGCCUUCCUCCGCCGCUUCCGUAAGCUCAACCCACCUCGAUCGCCUCCUCGGGACACUGUUUAUAGGGUGCGCGGUGCGCACCUGUUCCAAAAAAUCGCUCUCAUACUCUCCAGAGAAGAAAAGGACGGCGGUUUAUCUUACUUUUAUGUGAUGCUGGAGAACCCCAUGGUGUUGGAUAUAACAUCUACAACAAAUUUUACGGCACGUGUGUUCAUCUUGAAAGAUGGAGUCUGGUGCAUGCUUGCCUCGGCCACUACACGGAUCGACCAUUCGCGGGGAGUACUGAUACCAGUUGUGCUGGUCGACAAUAAAAUCUACAUGGUGCCCACCUUCACAGAAAUUACCGUCCUGGAUUUGGCGACCUCAAGUUUUUCCACAAUUCAGCUCCCAUUGCCACGAGUACCGAGCGACUUCAUGAUAUCACACGCUGAUGAUGCUUCCAGCGUGUAUCUCGUCAGGAUGAAAGAAGAUCAACUUUGCAUAUGGCUCCACAAGGGGGGCAACUGGUCAGUCGUUGAUACCUUUUCUCUGAAUGAGAUGUGUGCAAAUCUAAUGAUGUCAGACUGGGUUGAGGAUACCGUACGUUCCGAACGUCGGAUAACCCACUUGGGGGAUAACGCUGAGUUUGUGCUCUUGCAAAGGCGCCGGGCUGUGCUCUAUCUUGAUACGAGGCGUAGGACACUGCGUAGAUUGUAUGAGGUGCCAGAAGAAGAUGAACCACGCGGUGGCGUUGUUAAAGCAAAACCUUUUAUGAUGAUCUGGCCUCCCACAUUCCCUGCGCUAAAGUCUGAUCCUGCCAGGUUUGCCUUUUGGCCUUCAGAUAAUUGA